GUGCGUCUGUGGGACCUGCGGAAGUCCGCUGCUUUCCAGACGCUGCAGGUGGCCGCCGACAGCAGCAGCAGCAGCAGCAGCAGCAGCAGCAAAGACCCCGUGACUGCAGCAGCAUUUGACAACUCGGGGCUUUUUGUUGCUGCAUGCACUUCUUCUGGAGUUGUGCACAUUUACAACUUCGAAAGCAGAGCGCAUGCAGCCCCAGUCGCCACGCUCCAGGGGCACACCGACGCCGUCAUGGACUGCGCAUUUGUCGAAGGCGAAAAAAUGCUCUUGACCGCCUCAAUGGACAAAACCGUCAAACUGUGGGAGCUGCCCAGUGACAACUAA